AUGGAAGCUAUAGUAAAGAACGCUAUACAGCAAUUUUGUGAAGAAAAUAACAUCUUGCAGGAUUUUCAACAUGGCUUCAGGAGAGGACGUUCCUGCCUCUCAAAUCUGCUAGCUUGUCUGGAAAUCUGGACCAGGGCUCUAGAAGAGGGUUUUGAGGUCGAUGUCGUGUACAUCAAUUUCCGCAAAGCUUUUGACACUGUCCCACACCAACGUCUUCUUCACAAAUUGAGCGACAUCGGCAUCCGGGGAGAUCUUCUGAACUGGAUUAGGGCGUUUCUGGCUGGUCGGAAACAACGUGUCUGUAUCGGGGAUGAUAUGUCAGAAUGGGCGAAUGUGACCAGUGGUGUGCCGCAAGGCUCAGUUCUGGGACCAUUGCUCUUCAUCCUUUACGUUAACGACAGCCUUCAGGAACUCGACUGCGGCAAAAUAAUGUUUGCAGACGAUGUUAAGCUCUGGCAAGUCAUUAAGGGUCCGAAUGAUCAGAGAUCCCUUCAAGAUAACCUGCACCGACUGCAAGUGUGGUCGAAGAAAUGGCUUCUAGAUUUCAAUGUGGAGAAGUGUGCCGUCCUUCAUCUGCGUCCAACCAACUCUCAUUCAAAUGAGAGUCUGCGGACUUAUCACCUGAAAGAUAUAAGGCUCCCCGCAGAAUCUUCACAGAAGGAUCUCGGGGUUUGGAUACAGAACAACCUGAAACCAACACUGCAGUGCCACAAGGCUGCAAAAAACGCCAUGGGAGUGCUGCAUGCAAUAAAAAGGGCUUUCGUAAAUUUUGACCAAGACCUUUUUGGGAGAGUUUACGGCACAUUUGUUCGGCCCCACUUAGAAUAUGGCAUACAAGCAUGGCGGCCGUGGCUAUUAAAGGACCAAACAUGCCUCGAACGAGUACAACGGCGUGCAACAAAGCUGGUAAACGGUCUAAAGAGCCAAUCCUACACAGAAAGACUGAAUUGCCUUAAUUUGUUCCCUCUGUGUUACAGGCAGCAAAGAGGUGAUCUUAUCCUCGUCUACAAGAUAAUACAUGGCCUUGAGUAUGGACUUAAAUUUAAGGACAAGUUUCAGUGACACCUUUCACCCAAUCUUCGUGGUCACUCGAUGAAGUUACGGACAACAAUGUCCAGGCUGAAUCUUCGUUCUGAAUUUUUCCCGCAGAGAGUAAUGGAGAAAUGGAACGAUCUCCCUCAGUCAGUCGUGGAGGCUACAUCCCUGCAACUCUUCAAGAAACGCUUGGAUGAUUAUUUGUGUCCCCUGUUUUCCCUCGACGGUCUGAAUCUGAACUAA